AAACUCUUCAAGUAACUUGUCCGAGGAGAUGACUGAAUCGAUCGACACUGACAGACAGAUUUGUCGCGGGGUUAAACUUGCUUAGAACGGGUUGAUCUGUAAAUGAAGCUGAGAUUUCUGAUAAGGAGGAGAAGGAAGUCAAAAGAUUCACCAUCCAGAAUGAGAAUAAUGCGUGCACAAAACAAGGUCUCUGUCCUCGCUCGGUUCGGUUGCUGGGGCAUGGCGUCUUGGUGCAGGAAAACCAAGUGCAUCCAAUGUCGCCAUUCGUCCCUUUCCCGGCGCCUCAGUCGCCCCGACUUGCCUGCGGGAGAAACACAGAGUUGGGCGGUAUCCUACGCCUUCGAAAUGACUGUGGUGAAUUAAGCUUUUGGGCGACUCACAGGGCGCCAAGUGUUCGACGAAUUAGCAGUUGUCGUCGGCGUUUCGAGCAAAGCUCUUAUUUAUAUGUGCAUGAGAAGAUUCAUUCGGAGCUCAACAUUGUUAAUGAGGUGGGGCGGGUCCGAAUGGAAUAGCUGCGGCCACGCGGCGACGCAACAGUUGCCGAUCCCGCACUCUAAAUCCAUCCCCUCCCACCGCAUGUCGCCCACGCAAGUUUGCUCACCUUCCCCCUCCUUUUCUCCGAUAGAUCCCCCCACCGCAUGCGUCUUCUCGGAGAACUACUUGGUGAGGAAGAAGCUGAUGGAAGAAUUCGAGGAAGCCGAUAUCCUGUGGCCCGACUACGAUCGCGACGAGGACGAGCUCACCGAGGAGUGGCACGCCGGACUCGGAACUCGGCGGAGGACAUCCAGCCCCGUCGAGAUCCCCUCGAGACCUCAACCGGUUCGUUCUUGGACGCUGGGCUUCGCCAGUUCCGACCGCGUUCAAGGUGACGAUGAUGAUAAAGACGACGGAGGCCAAACCCACAACGUCCCGCCGCACGUCAUGGUGACCCGCAGGAUCGCCGACAAGACGUCCUUCUCGGUGUGUGUCGGCAACGGCAGGACGCUCAAGGGACGGGAUCUGAGGCAGGUCAGGAACUCCAUCCUGCGGAUGACCGGAUUCCUGGAGAGAUGAUGGUUC